AUGACAAACCCCCCUAAAGAAGAAACCCCCACUUACAGGUCCAUCGGCAGAGGCGGUGGUGGCAACAUGUUCAAAACCGACCCAGCAGACCACUCUCCAAAAUUAAUUCCAGUAUCGUCGGCUGGUCAUGCCCUUCCUCCAGACCAAAAGAAGUUCUCGAUCUCGCGAGGCGGUUAUGGUAAUAUAAGAGACAAUAAGCCGUCAGAAGUUGAUGAGCUAGGUUCUGGCAGUAGACACGGGAGCUUCCAUUACGAAGAAAUGCCAGUGUUGAAUUCAGUUAAGAGUAUAGGCAGAGGAGGGUUUGGAAACCAAAUCAGGAAUAUCAAAUCUCAUGAUUCUGCCCAGAAAAACCUAGAGGGUGAAGAAUCUAAGAGUUUUUUUGAAAAAGUUAUGAAGUUCUUCAAGUGA